GUGAACGCCGGUGGUGACCGCGGCGAUAGCGGUGACCGAGCGGGGGGAAGGUGGCGGCGGCGGUUAGCUGCCGCUUCGGGCCGAGUUGACUGUUAGAGGCGGGACCGGCCGCCCGGAGCAGCCCGGGGCAGGAGUCAGGUGCGGAGGGGCGGGCUGGCUGAGGUCGGCGGCGUCUGGGAUCCCAGGGCUGGAGCAGAAUUGUCUGGAUUCAGCUCUGGGAUUCCAAUCAUGGGUUUGUCUGCCUCUACCCCUGCUGUUGCGGUUCAGACCUCAAAUGCUUCAGAUCAUCAGACAGCAUCUCCACCUUCAGGAUGUCCAAUGCAUGAAGGGAAAAUGAAAGGCUGUCCAGUGAGUGCAGAGCCAUCUGACCCAAGCCGUGAGAGUAAAACUAACUCUGUGCCUGCCCACCAAGAUCGCGCCUACGAGUACGUCCGGUGUCCCAUCACCGGUGCCGUGGCUGAGAAUAAGGAGAACCUAGAUCCUUCUAAUCUGAUGCCACCACCUAAUCAGACACCAGCCCCUGAUCAGCCAUUUCCACUAUCUACUGUGAGAGAGGAGUCGUCCAUUCCAAGAGCAGAUUCAGAGAAAAAGUGGGUUUAUCCUUCUGAACAGAUGUUCUGGAAUGCGAUGUUAAGGAAAGGGUGGAAGUGGAAGGAAGAGGAUAUUAGUCAGAAAGAUAUGUAUAACAUCAUUAGAAUUCACAAUCAGAAUAAUGAGCAGGCUUGGAAGGAGAUUUUGAAGUGGGAAGCCCUUCAUGCUGCGGAGUGUCCUUGUGGUCCCUCACUGAUCCGAUUCGGAGGUAAAGCAAAAGAGUAUUCACCGAGGGCAAAAAUUCGCUCCUGGAUGGGGUAUGAGUUGCCUUUUGACAGGCAUGAUUGGAUCGUCAACCGUUGCGGGACAGAAGUCAGAUAUGUUAUCGACUACUACGAUGGCGGUGAAGUUAACCGGGACUACCAGUUCACCAUUCUGGACGUCCGGCCCGCUUUGGAUUCACUUUCAGCGGUAUGGGACAGAAUGAAGGUUGCCUGGUGGCGCUGGACUUCAUAAUUACUGCUUUGUUGGAGAUGGGAAAAUAUAAACUAUUUUUUUUCUGAGUGAUGCAUUAAACUGUUUUCCCCAAACUGAAUUGCACUCAUGAUGUAAUGGGAACAUCAAGUGGGUAAUGACACCGUAUACUUCACUUAGCGAAGGAUCCCAUGCACCAUGUUCUUUUGAAUUCCGUUUUUACCUUGCAGUUUAUAGCACAUCAUUUUAAUUUUCCUUCCUACUUAGCCCAAGUGGGCAGCAGUCCCUUAGUUUUUUCUUUAACUGCAGUAUUGCCUGUGGAUUUAAUCUAGAAAAGUCUGAACGACCUCUGAAAAAGAACUUUUCUUACAAUGUGAAGAGAGCUGCUUUUUUCUUACUGUUUUCUCAUGAAUACUUGAGAUGUAGACCUGAAAGCCCACGUGAUGCUCAGGAGCUUUUACCUGGCCAAACAUUUUAACUAAAACUGUUCAUUACAAAUAAGUAGUUAUGCUUUUUAAAAAGUUACCCACAUUUCAUUGUCCCUGCGAUAUAGUAGUGACCCCUGAAGAAGAGGCGCAGGUAUACACUGGACAUGCACUCAGCAAAACUAAGGCAUGUCUUGGCUCUCCAAAUUCUCAUUUAGACGAAUUUUUCAGACUGGACCUUGUUAUAGAAUAGUUUCAACUCCCCCAUGAUUUGAUGAUGCUCGUGCAUUGGAAUAUAUGUUUUAACUUUUAAAAUAUUAUUUUAAUUCCCAUUGUUCUCUUAUGUAACUCUGCUCCCAAUAAGCAGGUCUCAUUGUCCCUGGUGUUUGACAGGUUAUCUCACCUUUGAGUCCCAUUCCUUCUCCUGCCUGAAGCCUUUCCUGCAGUCAGCCUAAUCUGAAGGUCUGGCUCAAGUCACGGUGCUAGGGACCGUCUCUCUCUAAAACAUGAUUAUAUUUUGUUGAGUGUUAGAAUUCACAAGAAGAGUAUUUUUCCCAGUGUAGAAUGUUUGCAUCCACUCACUGCCUCAGUGCAGAUUUUUUUUUAAGGGGGCUCUAGGUUUGCCAUUGAAAUUCUUUUCAAUCCAUAAACUGGUUGUUUUACUUACAGCAGCAUGUUACAAAUGACUGUUGGUUUUUUUUUUUUUUUUAAGCAUUGAUAAUAUUAACACCUUUAAUUUAUCCUGAAUACUAUAGUGUUAAGUUAGUAGAUGGAAUUGGCAGUCUGGAGUGAUUAAUCUGGUAUGCAUUUCUUUGUUGUGUCAUUUUAGUUUUGAACUGAACUAUCUGAACUGUUGUUCAGUUUUGUGUGGCAUUUUAAAAAUUCAGUAACCUUAAACUCGUCUACCUUUCAAAAUAUUUGUAUAUUUUAAAAUAAAAUAAAGCUGAUGGUGAAUAGG